AUGGGAGACCCUGCUGGUAACGAUGUUAGCGCUGCUGUAGCAGGCAAGGUCCACCUAGACCGAUUCCUCCUCGAAGCCACGCCAGAUCAAGAUAUUGUUCGCGAGGUUCAAUGUCUGGGCGGUCUCAUUCAUCAGCACGUUGAUACUCACUAUCAUCUCCGGGAAACGGCUUCACCAGACAGAGACGUCGCUGCAACGCUCGUCGCUCUAGGCUUUUCAGACGACGGUUCCUCAAAUCUUACUGCACAGCAAGUUGUUUCGUUGUGUACCAAUCCCACAACAAGACAAAUUGGUUUGCGCCACGUCAUCUUGCGUACCUUAUUUCAAUCCAUUGACUGGCAGAGCCCUGGCCCAGUUGGGCUCUUGCCAGACGCAGCGGCGGCGUUUAUACAAAGGGUCCCUACCUCGGAGAGCCAAAGCCAAUCUGAUCAUGAAGCUGUAACUAUUGCUAUCACCAAAUGGCUCAAGUUCUCGGCAUUCCUGCUUCACCCCCAGCGCAGCCAGCGCACACCUUUGUCUUGGACGCCAACCGCUGAAAAUGACGCAAAGGUAGAGAAACUGACUGGUUUGCUUAAUACUUUCCUAGGAUUCUUUAUGGAACAAGACGCUCAUUUGCGUCAGGAACAAGCCAACCACCUCAGAGGCGUCGUUGCCGAAUGCGCCAAGCUAGGCUACUUGUUGUUUUCUCAACCAAGCGAUUUUAAACUUUUACCAGGGCAUGAGUCGGGCCGAGACAAGUCUAGCCGAAGCCAUUCAGAGAAGAUCAGCAUCAUCGUGGAGGCUGGCUUAGACAAGGGGGCUUACCAUGACGAGUAUGGGAUGGUCUAUCCCUCCGUUACCCAUCUGCUGGAACCUACAUUUGCUGCGACUGGUGUAUAA